UCCGAGACCGAAACAGCUGGAGAGACUUCGUGCCAACUCCCUAAAACAGAGUAUACACCGAGAUUAAAGGGCCAGGAGUUAAGAGAACGCUGUCAGAGAUGGACGGUAAUAUGACGUUGCAUUUCGCCAACUUCAGUACUCUGUUCGUAUGUAUGGUGCUGAAAUUCCCGCAGAUAGUCGUACUGAUGCGGGCCAAAGCGACAACUGGAGUCAGUUUGAACAGUCUGCUGCUGGAGCUUACCGGGUUUAUAGUGUUCAUGUCCUAUCAGAUGUACUAUGAUUAUCCACCUCUCACAUACCUGGAGUAUCCGAUCCUCAUAGCACAAGAUGUCGUUGUGCUCCUUUUGAUUCUGUAUUACAACAAGAACAUGAAGCACAGCCUCAUUUACGCCGCAGUGUUUGUUGGUGGAUGGCAGCUGCUGACAGUACAGAAAUGGGUGAUUGAUCUGGCAAUGAGUCUGUGCACAUUCAUUAGUGCAGGCAGCAAACUGGCACAGCUUCAGUGUAUGUGGCGUUCAAAGAAUUCUGGACAGGUCAGCACUCUCACCUGGAGCCUAGCCACAUAUACAUGCCUAACGAGGAUCUUCACUACCAUGAUCACCACAGGAGACACACAAGUUCUCAUUCGGUUUGUCGUCAUGAGCAUUCUGAACAUGUGGGUGACUGUGACAGUGAUCCACUACAAACCUCGUGCUGUGAAGCGGGAUUAAGAUCCAACGCUUUGGGUAUAUCACUUCCUGUUAGAUGUGAUGGUUCCCCUUUUCCCAUGUGUGGGGUUUGAGGUUUCGAAGAAAGGAAACAUAACUCACACUGAACUGUAUCAGGUCUGGUGCUGUUUGGAUGUAGCACUUUCUAUUUUACAAUGUAAAGGAUUUUAAGAUUUACUGACUUUGGGUAAGUGUAUACUACAGUUAAAGGAAUAUUCUGGGUUCAGUACAAGGUAAGUUCAGUUGUAGCAUAAUAUUAAUUACCACAAUUUCUUUUUUUGACUUGCCCCUCCUUUUCUUAAAAAAAAAAGAAAUCUGUAUUAUAUUAAGGCACUUACAAUGGAAGUGAAUGGGGCCAAUCCAUAAAUGUUUAAAUACUCACUAUUUAUAAAGUAUAGCCACAAGACACAAUAUGCAUGUUACAUUUUUGUUUGUGUGAUAAAGUCCCUUACUAACCUUUUCAGUGUAAAGUUAUAGCUAAUUUUACAACAUCUUUGCCAUGACGAUAUCAUGUCAUCAAACCCAAAACGACUGUAGAAAUGAUGAAUUAAACUACUUUAGAGCUCAAAUAAUACAAGAGUUUUAAAUUAUGCGAAUUAAUGUGUUUUUAUUAUAAAAUUACAAGCUUCACAUUUUUGCUUUGAAAUCCUCCGAAAAUUGGCCCCAUUCACUUCCAUUGUAAGUGCCUCACUGUAACCUCCGUUUUCACUUUUUUCAAAGAUGGAAUGAAACAAAAUAAUUUUUUGUGGUAAUCAACAUCAUGCCACAAAUGCUGUCGAUUGAGCUUAGCUUGUAUUGAACUGGAAAUAUUCCUUUAAAAAAUAGAAAAGAAUUAUCAUAAUGCUCCUAAACUCAGGGUUUAUCAUUGUAGUUGAACUAAGUUUUUCAGUGUCAGUAACAUGGCAUUUUUGCAUAAACAUGAUAUAGUAAUUAAAUUGAAUGUAACUAUUAUAACGUACUAUCACAAUCUUAAUUAUUUAUCAAAAAUGGCAAUGUGUUGUAAUUAUGCGGUGCAGAAUGUGGCCACAAAAUAUUAGAUGCAAAAAGUGCUUUUUUUAUUUACCAAUCAGAAUUAUGAAACCUCUUUCUGACCAAACAGUGUUAUGAAACAAUACAUUCCUAGAGAUACUGAUUAUUAGUAAGCCGUGUCAUUCCCUAAUUCACACUUCCUAAUCAUUCCAGGGAGGGUUCAGUUUGCCUCCGUAUUUCCUGUUGCUGGUGAUCAAUCAGUACCAGUAUAUUGAAUUUAGAAUACAUGUUCCUAUAUUCCUUAAAGGGAUAUUUCACCCAAAAAUUAUAAUUUUCUUAUUUACUCACCCUCAUGCCAUCCCAGAUGUGUAUGACUGACUUUCUUCUGCUGAACACAUAUUUAGAAGAAUAUCUCAGCAUGGUAGGUCCAAACAAUGCUAGUGAUUGGGUACCAAAAAGCACAUAAAGGCAGAAUUAAAGUAAUCCAUAUGUUCAGAAUCAAUAUGAUGGGUGUUGGGGAGAAGCAGAAUAUUUACCAGUAAGUCCUUUUUUUCUUUAAUGUAAAUUCUCCCGGUUUCCCUUUUCUUUUUUUUUUUUUUUUUUUUUAACUGGACACAUUUCACAUAUACUCGAGUUGUGAUACUCAUUUUAUAUUAAUGCAAAAACAACAAACCAAAAAUAUAUACGUAUAACUCCUCUGAUCUCCACACUUUUAGCACAACCAUACUUUGUAAAUACUUUAAUAUAUCUUCCAUAUUUAGCAUUUUAUAAACUUGUGAA